AUGAGAAUUAAAUGGAUUUAUUUAGUAUUCAUUAUCAUUCAAGUUUUUGGAAAUAGUGAAGAAUAAUGCAAAGUAAAGUUUUUUUUAUACAUAAUUAGUCAAAAUAAAUGGAAAGUGCUUUAAUAACAAUUGCAAGUGGCGAAAAUUUUGAAUUCCAUUUAUUUGACUAUGGAUUUGCAGAUGACCUGGUCUAUUAAACGAUAAGUGAUUCUAAUCAAUAGGUAGCUUUUCCGUGGACACAUUUGAUAAGAAAAACUAGAUAUAGUAUUAUUCAAGAUGAAGUUAUUGAUGUAAUUGUUAAAAAUAAAGCAUAAUACAAUAGCAAUUAUUAUUGCUUUUUAAGAUCUACUUAGAAUAAAUAAAUAGUUUAUAGUCUAGUUAAUUGCUAACUUGUCACUGAUGAGGAGAUAAUAUAUUAUGAUGUUGAAUUCAUUAUCAAACAAGAGCAAUGCUAUUAAAUAAAUUAUGAAGAUGAUUAUUAUUUAGUAACAUGCAAAGAUAAUGUUACAAAUCAACUCGAGUUCACGAUAUUUCAUUUAGAAACAAAACUAUUAAAAAAUAUUCUCAUACCAAAUAUUAUAAUUCCUCCAGAAUCAAGUGUCAAGGUUAAAUUUCAUUAUUUUUAUUUUGGGGUUUUAAUUAAUAAAGGCAGAAUGGAAAACGAUAAGUAUAUAUCAGAAAUUUCUUAACUAAUCGUGUUUUUUCUUACCUCUAAAAAGGAAAAUUUAAACGAGAUAAUAUAAAUAUUUAAAUAAUGUGAUGUUCAAAGCCAGCCUGAUGAUUUCAUUACUGACUUUGCUUUAUAUAAGGAGCUUGGUAAGAUAGAUAUUAAUAGUAAUAGUAUUCAUCACAAGCUUCAAAAGAGGAUUAACAUUUCGAAAUUUGAGAAUCGCAUGGAGUUCUGAAAUUACUGUUGUUAGUGGUGAAAAAAAAUAGAUUUUUGGAGUACAUAUUCCAAGAACAUACAAAGAUAUACCCAGCUCUGAAUACUCUAUUUUUCUUGUGAUUUGGGGUGAAGAUUUUUUAAAAUUUAUUCAUAUACAAAUAAGUCAAAUUUACGGUAUUCAAAAAUCAAAAUUCUCUAGAUAACAACUUAUAAAAGUAUAUCAAUUAAAGUCAGAAAAAUUAUUCAAGCGCAAAGUUGUAUCCACAAACUCUUAUUUAGUUUUGUCAAAUGACGAGGAAUUUUAAGUUUAUUUCAUUGGUGUUGGUAAAAGAGAUGGAGUUUCAUUGAUUUACUAAAGUUAUGCAAAUUCAAGAUUUUAUGUCAUUAGUCCAGACUCAAACUAACUCGUAUAUGCGGAGGAAAAUGUUUCAUAUACUUUAGAGUUACAAUUACCAAAAAUAGAAAUUAUUGGUCUUACUGAAAUACAAAAUCCUUAAUUGCUUUAACUAAAAGUCGAGCCAUUUGACAAUCAUUUGAAUAUAAAAUGUUUAGAUACCAAAAUAUACUAUCAAGUAUAACAGUUGGAUGAAACGAAAAUUUGGCCAAAAUUUUAUAAUCAAAAAGAGUAGAAUGUUUUCAUUUUGAAGUAUACUAAAAAAGAGUUAACACCAUACAUUGAUUUAAGUAAAGUUUUUUCCGGUUCAGCCUUAAACAUAGAGGAUGUGAAUUUUGUUAAUAAAGAAGCCAUAUUUACACCAUCGUAUGUGGAUGCAACUUUUUAGUAUGAUUAUAUAAUAAUUGAUAAUAAUAUGUACAAAAAGGUUGAUUAUGUAGGUACCUGUGUAUUUUCAUAUCCAAAAACCAUUCGGAAACACUUUUUAUUCGUAAAAUUAGGGACAUCACUCUAUGUAAUGUAAUGUUAAUAUCAAUCAUAUUAACUCUGUUUCAAAACUUUAACAAUACUUGUUCAAAUUGAUGAUAUUUAAGAUUUAAUUUGUGUAACUGAUGGCUCAACAUUUUAGGUUGCAAUAGUUUAAAAUAUGCAACAUAGUUUUAUUGGAGACUAAGUAACUACUGUUAAUAUAGAAAUUAAAAAUGAAUAAUUAUAAAUAACAUAUACUGUUUAUGACACCUAUUAAGAAAGUAAAGGAAGUAUUCUCUCUAUUUUAUAAUAUCCAUAUCUUUAAGUAUUCACAAAGCUAAGCGGUGAUGUUUAUACACUGAAUUUGAGAGGAUAAGAUGAGAUGGGCAACAUAAAAAUUAAAAGUCUUGAAUUAAACUGUUUAAAUUUAUUUGAAUUAGCAAAUGAUCAGGAAAAUUAUGCAGGUCUCUUCUUUCUUCCAAUGAUAAAAGAGAGAAAUUUUAUAUACCAUGCCACAAUUGAACUUUAUAAUAUCUAAAGAUUUGUGGACAGAUUAAAAUAUGUAGGUUCCAUCAUUUGCGGUGUAACUAAACUACCAAUGAAAGAAAGGUUGUAAGUUCAACUAACUAAAGAAGGUAUUUUUAUUUUAUCAACUUGUGAUAUAUCAGAGGAUAAAUAAAGCAAAAAAUUAUUAUUUAUUGAGAAAUCAAUACUUUUUAGAUAAUUGAUGAAAAAAAAAACAGACCAAAUGUCAAUUAACAAAUUUAAAACUCAAAUAUAUCCAACUUACUAACUUUAAAAAAUCUAAAAAAUUAAAGCAACAAGAAAUUUCUUAUAUGUUUAUGGUAGUGAAAUUGAUGCACCUGCUUGCAUCUAUAUAUAUAGAAUCUAUGCAAAUCAAAUGGAUAUUUUGUAUCAUGUAAUCAGACCUAACAUCUCAAGCCUUAAAAUAUUCAAUGCUAUCAGUAUUUGGGAGUAUGAUUUAAUUUUAAUAUCGUUUAAUGAAUUUAAGAGAAUUCUUAUAAAUCCGAAUAAAUUUCUAAAUUUUACUAGGUCAAAUGGAACUGCAAAAUCCAAGUUGGAUGAUGAUGAACUUAUUGAUAUUAAACUGAGGACACUGAUUCCAAAAGAUAAUAACAAGAUAAAUGAAUUUUAGAUAAAACUUACAUGUACUGAUUGUUAAAGAAAAAACAACUAGGGUUGA